UGGCGGCUUCCUGGGCUGAGUGGCGCGGGCUGUAGAAACGCUGCCCGUUAGAUACGAAGUUAAAUUUUUCCUUAACGUUAAUUAACUACAGUUUGAUUUGUAGUUGAAUUACAGAUUAUGGGUCUGUCUUAGCCCGUGAAGACACCUUUAGGUGAGGAGCACGCCAUGUUAGCCUCAGUGGCUAUCAGCUUGACAGCAGCCUCCAGAGGGAAGGUCAGGUCGCUGGUGUCUCUGAGCAGGAGACUGUCCAGCACCCGGCCUGACUCCCCGAAUGGAAGCCGUCACCCUCCCCCUGAAACUCCCGCUUCUCUCCCGGACACUGAGCCGCCCGAGGUGAAGCCGCGGAGACCCAAGAAAGACCCCAGCGGCUGCUCCAUUCUCCUCUUUCCCGGCCAGGGCAGCCAGUUUGUGGGCAUGGGUAGAGGACUUUUGAAGUAUCCCAACGUGAAAGAAAUGUUCACGGUAGCCCAGAAGAUCCUCGGGUACGACCUGCUGUCUCUGUGCCUGGAGGGACCCGAGGAGGAGCUGAUGAAGACGGUUCACUGUCAGCCGGCGGUGUUUGUCACCUCCCUGGCUGCGGUGGAGAGGCUCAACCACGAAAACCCCGAGGCCAUUGAGACGUGUGUUGCUGCUGCAGGUUUCAGUGUUGGGGAAUUUGCUGCCCUGGUUUUUUCUGGCUCCAUGAACUAUGCAGAAGCGCUGUAUGCAGUGAAGGUGCGGGCAGAGGCCAUGCAGAAAGCAUCAGAGCUGGUUCCUAGUGGGAUGCUGUCUGUCAUCGGUAGACCGCAGGCACAUUAUAAAUAUGCCUGUUUGCAGGCAAAAGAGUACUGCAAGAGCCAGGGGAUCGAGGAGCCAGUCUGCUCUGUGGCCAACUAUCUGUUCCCCGAUGGCAGGGUCAUCGCAGGACACCAAAAGGCCCUGGACUUCCUCCAGCAAAACUCAAGAAGUCUCGAAUUCAUGAGGACCAAACCUCUCCCUGUCAGCGGCGCUUUUCACACUGAGCUGAUGGAGUCGGCUGCUGAACCCCUCAGAGAGGUGCUCAGACAGGUUGAGGUCCGCCGUCCCGAGAUCAGUGUUUACUCCAACGUGGAUGGAAAGCGCUACAUGAACGAGAGCCACGUCCGCAGGCAGCUGGUGAAGCAGCUGGUGUCGCCGGUGAAGUGGGAGCAAACGCUGCACGAGGUGUACGAGAGGACGCGUGGGAAGCAGUUCCCUCACACCUACGAGGUCGGCCCGGGGAAGCAGCUCGGAGCCACGCUGCAGAAGUGUAACAGGAAGGCCUUCGUGAAUUAUGAACAUGUGGAUGUCACCACUCAUAAAGACUGAUAAUGCAGCGUGGACCCCAGGCAGCAGGUCGAAAACUCUUUUUACAUGAGCAGCAAGACCUUUUAAACCUUAUGGCCUUGUUUGUGUAUUGUUAUGUAAUUAAAUAUUUUUUAAAAUAGACUACAAAAUGUCAUCAUUUUGAAGUUUAUUUGCAACACAUAAAAAAGCACAGAAAGUCCAGCUCCCUUCAUUUUAUAUUAAGCCAGGCUACAUAUCAUUUGUAAAAAAAUUUGGCCUUUAACCAGGAAGUAAGUAAUCUGGAUACAAAAGACUGCAAGCCAGCAACAGUCCAGACACAGGAAACAGGCUUUAUGACAUUAAUACAACUGUGAACCAACAUGUCACUGCUACAAUAUCCUGGCCAACACUGUAAAACCGAUUUUAAACAAUUUCCACAUGAAUCUUACAGUUUUUACUCCUGUUUCCGCUCACACAGUGUCAAAUUCAAUACCGCUCAUGAAAAUAGUAUAAAAAGAGAAGUCAAAGUAAACAGCAGAAACAAAUCAGUUAGAAAUAAUCCUCAUUCAUUUGCAAAUAUUAUGUCAAAUAUAUGAUGGCCGAAAAGACCUGCUUAUGGCCCUUUAGGCUUUCCAUUCUACCCAUAGUGCACCGAAAAUGGUCACUGCAGCCACCAGUGCCACAGUCACCAGCGCUCCUCUGGUCCAGCCAGCGCAGGUUACUGGUUUCAAAUUGGACACCUGUGAAAUGAAAGUCAAAUAAAACUGUUUGUUCUGAUGAUCUGGCAACUUUGCAGCAAUAAUUUUCCAAAAAAGGGACAAAAGGAUUU